AUGGCCGACAUCAACGGAAAGGGGCCGGCGGAUGGCCCCGCCACCGAGCUCCCCACCGACGCCGACAAGCGGCCUGCCUCCAUUACCUCCGCUCCGACGGAAAUGUCGCCGGACCACCUACCGAAAAGGCAGCCCAAAUCUGGCGCUGAUGCCGCUCUGGAGCUUCUCAACGAGACCGGCCCUCUGGGCCACGCCGUCGAUCCCGAGCUCAAUCGCAGGCUCAAACGCCGCAUCGACACUCACAUCAUGCCGCUCAUCUGCAUUGUGUACUUCCUGCAGUACAUCGACAAGACCGCCAUCUCCUACGCCAGCGUCACUGGCAUUCAACAAGACACCGGCCUUCACGGCAACCAGUUCAACUGGGUCGCAUCCAUCUUCUUCUUCGGUCAAUUGGCUUUCGAGUUCCCGACAAUUCGUCUCAUUCAAAUGUUUCCUCUGGCCAAAUACACAUCAAUCAACAUCAUGCUUUGGGGUCUGGUUCUCGCGUGCCUUGCUGCGUGCAAGAGCUACGCCGGCCUGCUCGUCUGUCGGUUCCUGCUCGGGGUUUUUGAAGCCGCUGUCGUGCCUGCGUGGGUCCUCUUUACCUCGCAAUGGUACACCAAACAAGAACAGGCUUUUCGCGUUGGUAUCUGGUUCUCAGUCUGUGGAGCGGCACAAAUGUUCGGCGGCUUCUUUGCUUACGGCGUGGCGGUCCAUGUUGGCAAAGACCCGAAUGCUCUCUUGCAUGGAUGGCAGGUCAUCUUCCUCUUCCUCGGCCUUUUGACUGCCGUUGUGGGCAUUGCCUUCUGGUUCAUCAUGCCUGACUCGCCAGCAUCAGCUGCCUUCCUUUCACAAGAAGAAAAAGCCGCGCAUUUGGAACGUAUCCGCGACAAUGAGCAAGGCAUUGGAUCUCAAGAAUUCAAAUGGUCGCAUGUCAAGGAGGCGCUGACGGACACAAUGACUUGGCUCUACGCAUUCUGGAUCUUCGCCGCCAACAUUCCAAACUCGAUCGCGACAAGCUUCGGAAACAUCCUCGUCAAGGGUAUGGGCUACUCCAGCGAAGAGUCAUUGCUUCUGGUCACACCUCUUGGCGCCUACGAGAUUGUCGCCCUGGUGGGUCUGACAUGGCUUGCCAUGAAGACACGGCAGCGACUCUACUGGUGCAUUGCGGGCCACAUCCCCGCGAUCGUGGGUGCCAUUCUCAUGGCCACGACGUCGAAGGUUCCCGCGCUGAUCGGCUACUACACUUCAGGAGGUAUCCCGAUCGGGUGGACGACGAUCCUGGGUCUUCAGUCUACCAAUGUUGCGGGAUCCACUAAGAAGGUUACCGUGGCAUGCAUUGGUACAAUCGCGUACACCGUGGGUAAUAUUAUCUCGCCGCAGACUUUUCAGGCACGGGAUGCGCCGCGGUAUCUCCCUGCCAAGAUCUCCAUCUGCAUCAUCUACUUCUUGGUUACUGUCGACCUCUUUGUGAUGCGUUGGGUGCUGGACAGGAGGAACAAGAAGCGGGAUGCCGAGAAGGCGGCUCUCGGGGAUGCUUACAAGGUGGAAGAAAAUCACGAAUUCUGGGAUUUGACGGAUCUUGAGAACAAAGAGUUCAGAUAUGAGCUGUGA